UAAUACAGUAUUUGUUUUUUUAGAUGGCUCUUGUUCAUGUGGAAAUUCUUCUUAGACCAGAAUGUGUAGAGAGUAAUAAAACUAUUAUAGCAGCAGUGGAAAAAUAUCAACAUAAUAUUGGCUUCGAAUUAGGAUCAGAGAAAUACAAAUUUUCUGAUCCUGUAUUAAAUCAGAACGUUUUGUCAAUAUCAACAUCAAACCAUCAACAUACUAAUGAAAAUGGAUAUGACAUCAGAAAUGGAUUAAAAUAUCAUUAUCAUGUAUACAAGCUAUAUGAUUUGGAAGCAGCUGAUGAAAUGCUUGAAAAUGGUGAUGAUAAAGACCUUCCUGCUGCAUCACAUUUGAUGCUGCCAUCAACAAAUUUACAAGGGCUUUGGGAAACUCUCAAAUUUGACACAGAUAUUAAAAACAAUCUCUUGCGUUAUAUUGAAACAAUAUUGUUUUAUGCGGAUAAAGGUGUUGAUUCAAAUUUAAUUUCUUGUAAUAGAGUCGUGUUAUUACAUGGUCCACCUGGUACUGGAAAAACGUCUUUGUGCAAGGCACUUGCUCAAAAAAUUUGUAUUCGAUUGUCACAUAGAUUUCAGCAAGGAUCAUUACUUGAAAUAAAUAGUCACAGCUUGUUUUCGAAAUGGUUUUCUGAAAGUGGAAAUUUGGUCCGAAAAAUGUUUGCUAAAAUAGAAGAACUAGUCCAAGAUGGUGACAGUUUUGUUUGCGUUCUAAUUGAUGAAGUCGAGAGCUUGACUUGUGCCAGGGCUUCUCAUGAUUCUGGUACUGAGCCUUCUGACUCGAUUAGAGUUGUUAAUGCAUUGCUGACUCAAAUUGAUAAAAUUAAGGAAUAUCCAAAUGUUGUUAUAAUGACAACUUCAAAUGUUACUGGAAAACUAGACAUGGCUUUUGUUGAUCGUGCCGACAUAAAGCAGUACAUUGGAUUGCCAUCAGUUUCCGCCAUAUAUGAAAUAUUACGUUCUUGUAUCCUUGAACUUAUAAGAGUGAAUGUCAUUUUUCCAAGACAAUAUAUUCACCCAUUUGACUGGGUUCACCCUGAAGAUGUGGAUUAUGAAAACAAGGGAUAUUCUGAAGAACUGAAAAGUAUAUCUAAAAAAUGUUCUGGACUUAGUGGCAGGGCCUUACGCAAGCUUCCUUUCAUUACUCAAGCGAUGUUUAUUGAACCAAAAGUCUGUACGAUGAAAGUUUUUCUGUCAGAAUUAUCCAAAGCUGUGGACUUGAAAUUUCAAGAGUUGAAAGAUUUAGCAUACGAUUAAACAUUGCUUACCACAUUGUUUCAUAGCAAUUGUAGUAUAAAUAACUUCUAUUUGAAGUUUGGUUGAUAAAAAUUCUAUGUUAAAGUCUUGGGAGUAGAUCUUGCUGAGGCAAUAUAUGUAAUUCUACCAAAAUAAGUUUGUUUCUUUUUUGUAAGAAUCAGUGUUGCCUAAAACACUCAGUCCAACAAAAAUAGAAAUCAACCCCAAAUUAAAAAAAUGCAUUUUGCAGGAAAUAAUAUAUCAAAACAGUGAUACUAUGAUUUUUGUCAAGUUGUAAUGUAGCAUCUUAGGAAUUUAAUAUAAAAUGUUCAUAAAAGGUUAUUUAUAUGGGCUAUUGAAUCGAUUGCCUUCAUUACACAAUGUUUAUAAAGUGUUAUGUAUGAGUAUCCUCCCAAGUUUUAAACAGUUUGUUUUCGUGUUGUGCAUGAAAUUAAAUGCAAGUGUGAUAAUUCUGCCUUUGUUGAUUCCUCCAAGAUAUCUUGGUUCCAUUUUACUUUACAGUUUUCUUGCAAUCAUUAAAAUCGAGACCUAACUCGGAAAUAUAUACCUGCAUUUUUUUUAAUAAUAAAAAAUAACACAACAUUGGUAUCACAAA